AUGGACAAGAUACAGGUUGUGAAUCCAAGUGCUUGUGAAUGGUUGGCUGAUCUGGGGGAGCAGUCAAGAUGGACGAGGCACAAAUUUGAUCCAAACAUUUGCAGUGAUGAGAACAAGACCAACUUUGUGGAGAGCUUCAACUCAACUUUAGGUAUAGACAGAUGCAGGCCUGUCUUAACACUUUUGGAAGGUAUUAGAAGAAUGUGCAUGGUUAGACUGUCAACAAGAAGACAAAGGUGCAACAAAUGGAAUGAGGAUGAACCAUGCCCUAACAUAGUAAAGAGAAUAAGGAGUUUGACCUUUGAAUCAAGAACUUGCAAAGCUUAUCAAUCAAGUGAGGGUGAAUAUGAAGUGAAGGAUGGGAAAUCUAUGCUACCUGUGUCACUACACAGGAAGACAUGUCUUUGUGGGGCAUGGCAAAUUUCAGGAUUGCCUUGCAAACAUGCAAUCAGAGCAAUCUUGGCUGCUGGAUUGAACCCAUACCAUUUCUGCAGCACAUGGUUCUCAGUCCAAACUUUUAAGCAAGCAUAUGCCAAUCCAAUACACCCUGUACCAGAUUUUGAGCACUGGCCAGAGAUUGAUGUGCCUACAAUACUACCACCUGUGAUGAAAAGAGCCAUUGGUAGGCCAUCUAGACAAAGAAAAAGGGCAGCUGAUGAACCAGACAAAGGGAAAAGGUCCACAACAGUCCAAUGUAAAAAAUGUAUGUGUUAUGGACACAACAAACAAACAUGUAAGAGUGGACUUACAGCAGCAGAGCAGAGAAAGGCAAGAGCUAAAAAUACAGCAAAGAAAACUUCUCAAUCCUCUAAACACAGUGCACCAAAGAGCACAUCCACAGCAAACCCACCAGACCCUCCAAGAAGAUUCACAAGAAGCUCAUUGCAGUCUCUUUCACAACCACAUCCCUCCAUUAACACAACUCAGACUUCAUAUGAAGCUACUCAAGGUCCAAGUAGCCAACCUGUUACUAGGACAAGGAAGGGUAACAAAGGAAAGAACAAAGUCUGA